ACAGAUAAAGAAAAGAAGGAAGUUGUACGAACCGGUAUUGUGAUAAGAAAAAUAAUAGCUUUCAGGAAAAUAUAAAAUAAUAUUUGAAGCUAAUUAUAAAAAAUGGCUAAACGAAAAUGUUUAAAUAAACGUUUAUCUGGAUAUAGUAGGAACAGUACUGGUUCUGAUAUUUUAAAUUCUGACACGGAUAUUUUGGGUGAAGAAUACCCAUAUUGGUGGAAGGACUUAGAUAAUAAUUCAAUAGCACGCCCAUCUAUAGAUUCGAAUAUAUUCAAUCAAACAAGUCAACAAUUAGAUUCUACCUCGCAAAUAGAAACAAGCCAAGCUGCAGAUGAGUGGUGGAAAGUGCUAGAAGUCUCAAAUAAUCCAAAUUCUACAAAAAAUAAUAUAGAUAAUAUGCAGAAGGAUUCUAAUAAUGUAUCAACAUCAGAAUCAGAAGAAGAAUCAAGAAUUGUAAAAAAAAAAGUUCCUAUACGUUCAAAAACAAGGAAAAACAAAAGUAAUAUUUUUGUAAAUGUUUUAAAUGAUUCUGAAACUACUACAGAUAAAAAGACUGAAAGUAAGAAUUCAAUGAAUAUCCCUGCAUCAAAUAGUAAAAAUGUUGCCAAUGUCGUGCAGAAGGUAACGCCAAGUUAUCAAGAUAAUGCCAAGCAGAAUAAUGAAAUACAAGAAAGUAGUUUAAACCAAAGUGAAAUCAGUAACGUUUUAAAAUUAAAACCCAAUAUCUAUAAGAAAAACUAUAAAAAUCGAAAUAAAAAUGUAUUUAUUGAUAUAUUAAAAGAAAAUCAAUCAGAAACUUCACUGAAGAGAAAAAUAUCUUCUAAUAAUGCAGCACAAAUCAUAACGGAAAGCGCAGAUUCUGCAACAACUGUAAAUACAGUCCUUAGUCAAGCAAUGUCAAUUCAGAAUCCAUUAUUUCUUGAGAAUGAACAGAAUCUUUCCCCUUUUCCACCACCAAAAGCACAAAGUACAAUACUUGAAGAUAGUACUUCGUCUGUCUAUAAUAGUAGUAAUGAAAGUAAUAAUAGUAAUACAAUUUAUAAAAUACUCAAACCAAGAUCUAGGUUAUUGACGCACAAUUAUAAGAAUACAAAGAAAAAUCUCUUUGAAAAUGUAUUUGAAACGGACAGGUCUUCUAAUAAAAUACAAAGUAGUGUGACAGCUGGUGAAAUUUUGGAACAUUCGUUGAAAUUGUCAAAGAUUUCUAAAGCAGCUGCAGAUACCAUGGAUGAAAAUCAAGAUGAGCACAUAAAAAAAAUUAAAGUAUUAAGUACAAGCAAGGUAGACGAACGUAAAGUUUCAGAAGAUUCAAUCACAUCAAACGAAGAAUCAGAUAUAAAUCGAGAUCAUUCUGCAGUUCAAAGAGUCAAAUCAAAAUUUUUGACAAGAUUGCGCAAAAACCAAAAAAAGAAUCCAUUUCAGGACAUAUUUGAAGAAAAUAACAACGUCGACACAUUAAUAGCAUCUCCAUCAGACCAUGUAUCUCCUACAUCUUUACACUCUAUGAGCAAACGAAGAGACGACAAUGUUGAAAGCACAUCGCAGAAGAGCACCAGGAGUUCGAGUAAGACGCAGAAACAACUAGUUUCGUUUGCUGUAGAAGGAAAAGAAUCAACAAAAAUUCAAGAUACUCCAAAACCGCAAAGCAAACGUUUGAGCAAUUUGUCAAAGCAUUCGUCUUUGCAUUCUACAAUCGUGCAAGAGCUAAAAGAUAACGAAAAUACGGCGCAGCGGAGUAUCGAAAGUUUGAGCCGCACGCAGAAACAAUCAGUUUCGUCUGCUGCAGAGACGAGUGAAUCAACAGAAAAUCAAAGUAUUUCGAAAAGACACAGCAAACGUUUGAGAAACUUGUCGAAGCAUUCAUCUUUGCAUUCUACAAGUAAACAAAAACUGGAAGAUAUUGAAAACAAGCGGCAGCGAAGCAUCAGAAGUUCGAGUAGCAUGCAGAAACAAUCAGUUUCACCUGCUGCAAAAACGGGUGAAUCAACAAAAAUUCAAAAUACUUCGAAAAGACAAAACAAACGUUUGAGCACUUUGUCAAAGCAUUCGUCUUUGCAUUCUACAAUCGUGCAAGAGCUAAGAGAUAUCGAAAACACGCCACAGCGAAAUAUCAAAAGUUUGAGUCGCAUGCAGAAACGAUCAGUUUCGCCUGCUGCAGAGACAGGUGAAUCAACAAAAAUUCAAAAUACUUCGAAAAGACAAAACAAACGUUUGAGCACUUUGUCAAAGCAUUCAUCUUUGCAUUCUACAAGUAAACAAGGACUGGAAAAUAUUGAAAGCACGCCGCAGCGAAGUAUCAGAAGUUCGAAUCGCAUGCAGAAACAAUCAGUUUCGCCUGCUGCAGAAACGGGUGAAUCAACAAAUAUUCAAAGUAUUUCGAAAAGACAAAGCAAACGUUUGAGCACUUUGUCAAAGCAUUCGUCUUUGGAUUCUACAAUCGUGCAAGAGCUAAGAGAUAUCGAAAACACGUCACAGCGAAGUGUCGAAAGUUUGAGUCGCAUGCAGAAACGAUCAGUUUCGCCUGCUGCAGAAACGGGUGAAUCAACAAAUAUUCAAAGUAUUUCGAAAAGACAAAGCAAACGUUUGAGCACUUUGUCAAAGCAUUCGUCUUUGGAUUCUACAAUCGUGCAAGAGCUAAGAGAUAUCGAAAACACGCCACAGCGAAGUGUCGAAAGUUUGAGUCGCAUGCAGAAACGAUCAGUUUCGCCUGCUGCAGAGACAGGUGAAUCAACAAAAAUUCAAGAUACUUCAAGACCACAAAAUAAACGUUUGAGCACUUUGUCAAAGCAUUCAUCUUUGCAUUCUACAAGUAAACAAGAACUGGAAGAUAUUGAAAGCACGCCGCAGCGAAGUAUCAGAAGUUCGAAUCUCAUGCAGAAACAAUCAGUUUCGCCUGCUGCAGAAACGGUUGAAUCAACAAAAAUUCAAAGUAUUUCGAAAAGACAAAGCAAACGUUUGAGCACUUUGUCAAAGCAUUCGUCUUUGGAUUCUACAAUCGUGCAAGAGCUGAGAGAUAUCGAAAACACGCCACAGCGAAGUAUCGAAAGUUCGAGUCGCAUGCAGAAACAAUCAGUUUCGCCUGCUGCAGUGACGGGUGAAUCAACAGAAAAUCAAGACAUUUCAAAAAGACAAGGUAAAAGUUCGAGUAAAUUAGGAAAAUAUAGGUUUUCACGUCCAACGACUGAGCAUAAGGGAAGAGAUGUUAAAAUCAUGCUGCAAAGAAAUACCAAGAGAUUAAAUAGUAUGCAGGAACACUCUCUUUCACCUGUCGCAAAAAUAGAUGAAAAAAUUAAAGACUUUUCAAAAAUACGAAGCAAGAGUUUGAGUAAAGUAUCGAAGAAAUUAUCUUUGGAUUCCACAAGCGAGGAAGAGAGAGAUGAUGUUGAAAGUACGUCGCAGAAGAAUACCGGAAACUCGAGUAAAGUGCAGGCACAAUUAGUUGCAGAAAUAAGUGAUAAAAUAAGCAUUCCACAAAAGAGUACCAGGAGCAUAAAUAGAAUACGAAAACUAUCAGCUUCGUUUGUUACGGAAGUGGAUGAACGAACAGAAACUGAUGAUAUCUCGGAAAAUCAAAUCAAGAGUUCAAGUAUGGCAUCAAAACGUUCAUUUUCUCGUUUUACGAACGUGAGAGAUCUGGAAGGGGAUGAAAACUCUGAUCACCAUAAUAUCAGGAGCCUGAGUAGGAUGCAGAAUGAUGAGACAGAAGCACCAUUGACUAAAGAUAUUUCAAAUAGUCGAAAAAAUCGUUCGAAUACAUUAAAAAAAUGUUCGGAUUUACUUAUGAAAGAAGACAUGAUAGAAGGAUUAAUCGAAGAUAGUACAGCUAAGCAAGAAGAUAAUGUAAAUAAAGCGUCGAAACAAUUUGAGGGUGUGGUAAAGAAUAUUUCAAGUAGACAAAAUAAUAUUUUUGAUAAAGCUAGAAAAAGAACAUAUUCAUUCAACAGGUCAGAUAGUGAACUUGAAAUGGAGAAGAUUGUACGUAAAUCGAAACGGCAAAAGAAAGUGCAUUUGAAUGAGUUAAGCGAAGAUGAAAAUGAUCCAGUUGAAAACCAAGAAAAUACUAAGAAAAUAUUUGUAACCGGUGGUUUCAAUAUAUCGAAAGAUCAAUUAAUUUUGUCAAGUACAAAAAAAUCCAAUGCGUCAAGUAAUAAAAUUUAUGGAAAUUUAAACAGUUUAAAUGAAUUAGUGGAAGGAAAUGAUGCAACGAAAAAAUUGGAUAACCGAUUUGCAUCGAAUUCAAGUAUUUCUGCUAAUAAGAGAAAUCGAUGUACUUUUAAUUUCGAAACGGAAAAUUUAAGUAAAGGGAAAGAAAGUAUUUCAAUUAGUUCUCGUAAUCAAGAAAUUGAAAAUAGAUCACAGCAUACCGAUAAAGAUAAAAAUAACGUUGAAAAACCAUCUAGAGCAAGCACAUCACACUUGUCUGUUAGCAAAGGGCAAAAAAUUGAAGAAAAUUGUAAGGAAGCAUCGAGUAAACCUGAAAAUUUGUCAUCGGUGAUCAGAACGCGUAUAAACACGGAGAGUAAUGCUUCGAAACGACAACAAAGCAUUAGGAACUUUCUGAUAUCGGAUAAAGCAUUAUCGGCGUCGCAAUUGUCUAAAAAUAAAAUGAAAAUAGAAGAAAUAAAUCGAGAAUUAGAAAAAAUGAAGAAAUUGGAAAUAGCACACAUGAAGGCGAAUGAAAAGAAGUAUGAAAGAAAACGGGCCAUGCUACAAAAGAAUAUAAAGGAGGCUGGAAAGGGUAAAAAUUCGACGUCUCAAAAGCAAGGUUUAACGAAACCAGCGAAACCAAUCCAUAAAGCUUUCUUGGUAAAUGGACAAGUGUACAAAGUGAGGCGACUUCCUCGCCCUCAACACUGGGUCACUGAUCAACUUUAUAAUUAUUUAUGGGAACGUAUGAAACCUAAAUACAAACUAGAAACGAAAGCUAUUUCAGAAAAAUUUAUACAUCAAUUGUCGAACAUAACAACGUUCAUUAGCAAAAGUAAAUCGUACUUGCAUUAUAAAUCCGAACUUGUUAUGUUAAUGAAAGAAAUGGCACGUCUCGGUAUUAUUCGUACACGAAACGAUUUUUAUCAUUUUUGUCAUAAUUUCUUUCCAUAUAGUCUUCGCAUUAAAACAGUGCCAAUGUUAUUACCAGGAAAUAAGAGCAAUAUACCAUAUGAUGCGAAUAAGUUACACGAACCAUUCUUUGAUUCUUGA